CCCGGGGCGGGGCAGCGCGGCGGGCGCUGAACCUCGCGGGGCUGCCGGGAUUGGGGCGCCGCAGUUUUCGCUCGCCUAGCCGGCGGCUCCUCGGUGCCGCCAGGCUCAGCUUCUUGGGACAUGUCCGUGCCGCGCUCCCUGCGCUCCGGGUACUGCUAGCUUCUCCCGGGCUUCUGGCCCGCGCAACCCGGCACCUGGCCGCCGCCUCGGAGCCGGGCUCCGGCUGUAGCGCGCAGCGGGCGGGCGGGAGACUGUGCGCCCCAGGCGCGUACCUUUGCAGUCAUGGGGCUGCAGCCCUUGGAGUUCAGCGACUGCUACCUCGACAGCCCGUGGUUCCGGGAGAGGAUCCGUGCCCACGAAGCGGAGCUUGAGAGGACCAACAAGUUCAUCAAAGAGCUGAUCAAGGACGGGAAGAACCUCAUCGCUGCCACCAAGAGUCUUUCAGCUGCCCAGCGAAAAUUCGCUCAUUCACUCAGAGACUUUAAAUUCGAGUUUAUUGGCGAUGCUGAGACUGAUGAUGAGCGCUGCAUAGAUGCCUCCUUACGUGAAUUUUCAAAUUUUUUGAAGAAUCUGGAAGAACAGAGAGAAAUUAUGGCAUUAAGCGUAACUGAAACCCUGAUUAAACCCUUGGAAAAAUUCAGAAAAGAGCAACUUGGAGCUGUAAAGGAAGAAAAAAAGAAGUUUGACAAAGAGACAGAAAAGAAUUAUAGCCUAAUUGAUAAACAUUUGAAUCUGUCAGCCAAAAAGAAAGACUCACAUUUACAAGAGGCAGAUCUCCAAGUGGAGCAGAACCGGCAGCACUUCUAUGAACUGUCUCUUGAAUAUGUGUGUAAACUUCAGGAAAUCCAAGAAAGAAAGAAGUUUGAGUUUGUGGAACCUAUGCUGUCAUUUUUUCAGGGAAUGUUUACUUUCUAUCAUCAGGGUCAUGAACUUGCGAAAGACUUCAAUCACUACAAAAUGGAACUGCAGAUCAACAUUCAGAAUACACGGAAUCGAUUUGAAGGAACCAGGUCAGAAGUGGAAGAACUUAUGAACAAAAUCAGGCAGAAUCCCAAGGACCACAAACGAGCAAGUCAGUUUACAGAAGAAGGCUACCUGUAUGUACAGGAAAAAAGGCCUGCUCCAUUUGGUUCCAGUUGGGUCAAACACUACUGCAUGUAUCGAAAAGCAGCCAAGAAGUUCAACAUGAUCCCAUUUGAGCACAGAUCUGGGGGGAAACUUGGCGAUGGAGAGGUGUUCUUUUUGAAAGACUGCACCAAAAGGCAUACGGACUCCAUUGACAGAAGGUUUUGUUUUGACAUAGAAGCUGCUGACCGGCCUGGUGUUUCCUUGACCAUGCAGGCGUUUUCAGAAGAAGAAAGGAAGCAGUGGUUGGAAGCUCUGGGUGGAAAAGAAGCUCUGUUCCCCAGUUUUAAUAGAGCCAUCCUCCCAAGACCUGAAGGAAGUGCGCAGUUGGAUAAGAUGGGCUUCACAAUUCUCAGAAAGUGCAUCAGUGCAGUUGAAACACGAGGUAUAAAUGACCAAGGAUUGUACAGAGUUGUGGGGGUGAGUUCAAAGGUCCAGAGACUUCUGAGUAUGUUGAUGGAUGUAAAAACAUGCAGUGAGCUGGACCUGGAGAAUUCCAUAGACUGGGAAGUGAAAACAAUAACAAGUGCCCUAAAACAGUAUCUGAGGAGUCUUCCCGAGCCUCUCAUGACCUAUGAGUUACAUGGAGAUUUCAUUGUUCCAGCCAAAAGUGGCAGCCCAGAAUCUCGGGUUAAUGCUAUCCAUUUCUUGGUGCACAAACUGCCAGAGAAAAAUAAAGAGAUGCUGGAUAUUUUGGUGAAGCAUUUAACGAAUGUUUCAAAUCACUCCAAGCAGAAUUUAAUGACCGUGGCAAAUUUAGGAGUGGUGUUUGGACCAACUCUGAUGAGGCCACAGGAAGAGACUGUUGCUGCCAUCAUGGAUUUGAAGUUCCAGAAUAUCGUGGUGGAAAUCUUAAUUGAAAAUCAUGAAAAGAUUUUUCGGACCUCGCCUGACACCACGUUUCCUGAGCCCAUCUGCCUGUCAACUUCACCCCCAAACGCUCCUCCAAGGCAGUCCAAGAGGCCAGGCCAGAGGACGAAGAGACCCGUGGCUGUUUAUAAUCUAUGCCUCGAGUUGGAAGAUGGUGACAGUCCUAAUCUUCCUAAGGAGGACACCCCGACUGGCAGUCAGGACUCACUUUCCUCCCCAUCGCCCACAACUGCAACUGCCUGUGGGCCUCCUGGACCAGAGAGAAACCACCUUCUGGCAGAUGGAGGGAGCUGUGGGGACUGGACGUUCACCACUCCAAGCCAGACCCGGCCAUCGAUGGUCCAGUGGCUUAACCCACAGUCUCCAACCACACCAAGCUCCAACCUGGCUGUCACACCUCCUUCACCCAGGCGGUCACCCUUCCCCAUCUCUCCUGCUACCACCAUAAUGGACAAGCCACCAGAAAGCAUUGUCAAUCGGAAGGCUCGCGCAGUGUACCCGUGUGAAGCAGAGCACAGCUCGGAAUUGUCUUUUGAGAUAGGAGCAAUUUUUGAGGAUGGCUAUCCUGCUGGAGGAUGAGCGGCUAUAUGGAGCAGAGGCAUCGGAGACCAGACACAGAUACAUGGACAAGCCCAAGGCAGCCGAGCCUGGCCCAGGUCUGAGACCCCGCCUCUCCUCCAGGCUGACUCACACUAAGAGAAAUAAGUGGUGGUCCAUUUGGGCGAUUAAACCGUGGAGUGGUUUGUUAAGCAGCUGUAGCUAAGCCUGCUCCUCUGCUCCUGCUCCUUUGCUUCGUGCUGGUCCAGGCUCAAUGUUGAGAUCAGGUCUUCAUCUUUUCUCCUCCCACACUGUUUGAGAAGCAGCUUUAUUUUCAAGAGAAGUGCUGCACUACCAAUUGGAUGGCUUAAAAUUAAAGUGCCAGAGACUUGUUAUCAAGUCAUUUCAAUUUGUGUUCAUAUGUACGGUCUAUCAAAAUGUGUGUUAGCAUAGACUUUUACAUAAAGGGACAAUGUCUAGUUGAGCAUUCAAUGUACAGAAGCAAACAAACCCCUCAUAUAUGCAGAUAUGGUUUUUCUGCUCUGUCAAACAGUAGCUGGCUGUCUCCAUGGUAGAGGCAGUUCUGAGCUAAUGAUUCCUAAAUUCUUUAGGCCUGAGAAUGCUUUUAGAAAUGCCUAGCAUGAAAUAAAGGCACCCUUGAUCCAAGAAUAAGGCAAUGUAAUUCAGAAAGCACAUCCACCCUAACCAAGGGUGCACAUGGGACGAGGGGGUCUCUCAAAAGGCUCACAGCCAACAUGGCUUUGGUUCAAGUUAGGGGCUCCUUGGGAAAGGCACUGCUCUGAAUAGGUCUGAUUUCUUAAAAAUUUAAAUAUAAAAUUGCCUUCAUUUAUAGAUGUUUUAUAAACAAUAUUUCUAUGCCUCUUUUCCUAUGCUGUGGUCAGUGGCUGUACUGUUUGCCAGAAUUACGUCCACUGCAUUAAAGCAGAGUUGAAUUUGGUUUUCAAAUGGUGGUGUCUCGCUGAAAGCAAUUCAUUUUAACAGUCACCAGUAAAAGGACACAUUAAAAAUGUACUUGAGUUUAUCUUGUGGGAAAUAGAUGUUUUCUGUUUAAAAAUGAGCUGGUAAUUGCCUACUGCUGUUUUGGUGAUCUCUGAUAAGGAUCAAGGUUGAGAAGCCCAUGAGUGUGGGAAGUAUGGUGACGA